AUGUCUUCUUCGACGUCGUCGAGUCCGCCUAGCUCCCCGUCAUCGCCGUUGACGUUGGAAGGUUUCCAGCUGCUGACCGCCCAAACGAUCUCUGCCCCAGCACACGGUCCUGGAAAGGGUCCAGAAGAUAUCGAAAGCUUCACCAGCAAUCGACCGAACCCUGUCCGUUCCCUCUCUCAAGAUUCACAAGGAUCCUUUGGCUCUCGAGGACAUCGCAUCGCGGGACGGGCGAGUGUGACACUCUUGCGGGUGUCCGAUAUCAAGCUCAGCAACCGAUCUUCUUGGAGUUCGGCGACAUCCUCGCCCCCGCCUUCGGCUCGUAGCAUCAUGCCGGAUAGCUCGCCACCUAGACUGCCGCAGACGCAAACACAGACCUCUCCGUCUCAGGACACGUACACGCGAACUCGCAGCAUUGCUCGAGCCAGCCGACCACCAGCGUUGCCGUUGGCUUCUAGUUCGCACGAUGGGCUGGGCGGUGCUUCUGGUUCGCCACCUGACCGACUCUUGGUGAGGGCCCCGACGCCUCCCAAGUCCCGGCGGCAACGCACGUUCACCGUUCCUCCAGAUGCAACAGAGCCUCGAGGCGCUUCCACUGCGGCUCCCGCCACCCCUACUGCACCUGAGCCGACAUCGGCGCACUCGCACCGUAGCUUUGCAACGUUUGGAGGGGACCGCGAGGCAGAGUCUCCCAGAACUAAGGAUCCGCCUCUGCCAGCGCCUCCAUCGGUUCCUCACCGAGCGCCAUCCCCGCGGGCGAGGCACCAGUCACUCGACACCCGCCAAGCACCGAUUCCACACCCUCCACGGCUCAGUUCCAUCAGCCAUUCGGGUGUCCCCGAUCUGCCCAAACUUCACGUUCCAACUCGGACCUCCUCGCUUGCGACGACGGGAUCAGGGGUGGCCGCUGGCAACACAGCACACGUCCAGAUUUCGAGCCGGCAUCAGACUCGCCCCAGCAAAGCGCAGCACACCAGAGACGACAGCGACACGCUGGGUCCUUCUCCCUGGGCCAAUCGGCGCGCUCGGGGCAGCAGCGUCUACGACAACGCAGGAGGGUCAAAGAGCUGCAUAGAGCUCGUCAGGGCGCUCGAAAAGUGGGCUCAGCAUCGCCCCAUUGCUCCCCCGUGCAUCAGCAGACUCAUCGCUGCGCCCAUCAGUGUCAAGCGACAGCGGACAUACGCGGCCCAUUCUCCUCCCGAACCCGCAAGACGUGGUGCGCCUCCCGCCAGUUCAGAGCCUUCCCCAGCGCUCCAAGCCGCGCGUGCGUAUCUCACAGUCGGUCGACGGUCACUCCCUCAGCACUGCGACGCUCGAACAACAACAAAAGGCGCUCCUGAUCCGCCGCAACCGCAAGCUCGGGCAGGUGCUGGGUGUGUCGCUCCCCGAGUCCGACGUGGGGCAGUCGAGGCGUCGUGGCCGGAGAACCGCGGACCAGAGUGGUCUCGCGACGACUGUGUGCCACAUCUCGCGGACGAGGAGGACCACGAAGACCGCAUGCCGCGCCGCACGAAGAGCAAGCUGAGGCGACCGAUCGAGGCGGUGAAGGUGCCGGAAAACCUGCAAGUGUACGUCAGUCGCGAGACGAGUGUGACGGAGACUGUGGCGCCUGCCACUCACAAUCCGCUUGACAGUGCGCCGAGCAGCCCGCCAUCGACACCCCCUCAGACACGCGAGGAGGCUAUCCGGGCCCGCCGCCGUGCCCAGCUCGCAAAGCUGCAGCGCAUCCUGGGCUCGCCUAUCAGUCCGCGUUUGGUUCUCGCGCCCGACGACGAUGUCCCCACCUGUGGUCCGGUGCGGUCGCCCUCCGAGACUUCUCUCGGCAGUCCCCGCCUCCCCCUCCGCGAGCGCGUCAAGAGCUUCGUAAUCCCCAGCCCGAUCUACGCUAUGAGCGAGACGGAGCGGCGGCUCGCGCGCAAGCGCGCCUCGAAGCUCGAGCACCUGUUCGGCGACGCGCCGCCGACCGAGAUGAUCUUCCCGCCCGUCAAGCACGAGGCGGCGCACAAGCACGCCCUCGACAAGAUCCGGGAGGGAGCGCCCACCGUCGGCGUGGCAAUGGGCGUGCCCGGCAUCGAGGAGAAUAGGAUGUUCAUCAGCACCUCGCCCGCAGCGGCUGUCUACCACACCCCCGAAGAGACGUUUGAGGGGUAUCGCCACUCGCUCCUCGGCCUCAUGAACCUCAUUGAGCACGACCAGGUCCGCCUCGCUGCCAUUGUGGACCAGCUCGAGCCGCAGCUCUACACUCUCCACAUCCAGAGCUCGCUCGCGCUGCAGAUGGGUCGCCACCCACGUCCAGGACUGGGACAUCCGGGACAGCAACAACGACCCGCUCGCACUAACCAGGCGAGCGGCCCCCGGCAGUCGCACCACGGCGACGUCGUGCUCAACCCCGGCCCCACCACUCUGCAGAGGAGGAGUAGUGCUCCGCCCCUCCCCAGCUUUUCUCGUGCGAACGGAGCCCCAGACGCCAAGGGCACGCCUGCCAACGGCGCUGCCAGCUCGCAUGGCCACGGUCCCCGAGCCAGCGUGCACACCCACGACCCAGGCCACGGCCGGCAGGGCAAGGGGCACACGCCUCACGCCUCCGUCUCAUCCACACACGAGCGGCACGAGCGACCCUCGCUGCAGUCUCAGCGCGGCCACGCAGACCCGUUCAGCGAGUAUCUGCGCUCGCAGUCGGCCGAGUCGCGCUUAGAUAUCUCAGCCCCCCACGAACGUGAGGCGUCUUCGGCCACCAACUCGACUGUCCGCGCCGCUCCUUCUUCUCUCGGUCACGGAGGACACGAGAAGGACAAGGAGGUUCUGAAAGACAACCCGAGGGAGAAGAAGGGCCCGUACGGGACACACGCGACCUCGCCGCGCAUGCUGAGCGGGUUCUUUGGCAAGCCAAAGCAGGCAAAGGGGCAUAUGCCCCACGGCUCUGUGUCUGUUAUGAACCUGUCGCGGAUCCCGCAGCAGGCCCACCCCGCUCAUGCUGCCCACCCACCCCACGCACCGCACCACCCCCAUCAGCACCACCCUCAACACCCGCAGCACCCUCAGCACCCGCAGCCGCAACACCAGCGCGAGACCACGCAAGAGAAGGAGAAGGACGACUCGCCGCCCGCGGCAGCGCGCGCAAAACGGGGCCGCAAGUUCUCAAAGCUCUUCAGCAGUCAUCCUAAACCACCCCCGCAGCCCAUGAUCCUUCGCCCGAAUCCGUUCUACAUCCGCCGGCAGACGCUGGACGGUGUGCUCGCCGAACUGAGGCGCAGCUUCCUCCUCGAUCUCGACCAUGGGCGGCUUAGACCGCACGACGCGCAUAUCCUGCACGACAUGCUUGAGCUUUUGAACCACAUGCGCGCGGGCUCGCCUUGGGCCGAACUCGAGGAUUCUGAGUGGUAA